AAUCAGUGCACACGGGAUACGUCAGUGCUGAACACAUGCUCUGACUGUAACUGGUUGAGCGAACAGCAGUGUAUGUACUGGUACCGGAGGGGCAGGGGGUGGUUGUUUUUUUGACAAAUGUGCUAUUUUGAGGAUCUGGAAGAUUAGAGCUAAAUUAGAAAAACCCAAACACCUCAUAGAGAUUCAGAUUGAAACAAAAAUAUUGUCCGCUUCAUAAGCAACGGACGGGUCGUGACGCAAACACAAAAUUUAUUUGCCAUUGAGUCCCGUUUCAAAACGGUGGCUUACUGUCUCCAUCUAGUGGAGAUCCAGUAUUCACGGCCUCCGCGUCUGGUUGCCAUGGCAGCCGGUUGCCUAGCAGCCGGAUGUUGUCUCGCAGAAGAGCCGCGGUGGCGGGAGUCAUCAAUACAAUGAAGACUUAUGCCUGAAUAAUACAUCUUGCGGUAAGGUUUUAGAUGGAGAAACCGAGACAGGCUGGAGGCCUGUGGAGCUGUUCCCGGCCGGCCACAUACAGCCAGGAGACACAGAAGAUGCUCAAGGUGAUGAUGGAAGAGUCGAAGCUCACUAACUUCCAGCGAAGACAAAUCACCAAGUCUUUGACCGACGGGGCCGCCCUGCCUCCCUCUCUCGGCCCCUCGUCGUCGGCCCCGGGCCCCCAGCAGCCAGAGCAGAAGGUCACGGGGACCCCGCAGAGAGACUACGUCCCGUCCCGGAGACGCAGCGAGCAGACCUGCCGCUCUGGAGACAGCUACCGCCGUGACGCCUUCCGCCCGCGUCCGACACGAGAUUUAGAAAAGGAGAAGAGCAGACUGCAAUCGAUUCUCGCCACAGGGAAAGACGAAACCAAACCCAAACCCAAACCCUCCCGCAGUGAAGCUCAGAGUCCAGAGACCAUGGAGAAAGACGGAUUCCAGGAAGUUGUGGAUGAGAUUGAAGAACGGAGGCAGUUCCUGGCCGAUAUGACAGCUCUCGGCCAGGAGAAGCUCUAUCGCAACCUGAUCAAUACAGAGAUCGCACAGAAGAUCCGAGAGCUGGAGCUGAUGGAUAAGACCCGCAGUGCUGCGUUGAGAGACAUGACCUCCUAGAAGAUCGGAUUAAAGGACCAAGAGGAGAUGGAAGAGGCAGCAAACCAGGAACAACAUCUAGUUAAACGCGUCUCUGAGACACUUGGUGUUCGCAAGGAUGAGUCAGACCUGAACGGUUCAGAGAACUGGAUGCACUGGGAGAAGUAAAGACCAAACUGGGAGAAAUGCUAGGACUAUGAAGCAAACGUUGACCCAACCCAUUGACCCAUGACUCGUGUUGCUGCCCUGCCUCCUUCACCAGUAGACGUACGGAGUCCUCUCGGACUACAGGCUGCGCAUAGCCGCCCAGACCACAUAGCUUUGCUUCCGUGUGACACUGACAAGACGCAUCUCCCUGCACAGCGCUAGGGUCAAAUAUGGCUACCGUACGGAGAUGGAGAGAUUGUCAAAUAAAGAAUUUGAUGGCUUUUGUUCAACAGCUAUGCAUGGAGAGACCAGAGACAAACGUAUGUAGAGACCAGAGACACCAGAGCAUGGAGCAUUAUUCAUUUAAGAUGAAGGGCAAAUUCAUAGACGUAGAAACAGAAGCGCUAGAUAAAUGUACAAGAAGAGACAAAGUAUCAAUCAUUUCUUUCAACACACAGGAACACUUAAAUAAGAUGGCACCUUGCGGUCAUUAACAUUAACAGUGUCAACACUGAGGUCAGUUUUACACGCUUUAAGGCAACAGUUUGCAAACAGAUGCAGAACACAUCGAGGUUGUAAAAAUAUAAAUUAAAACAGUUGCAUAUUCAGGGAGGCUAUUCUGACACUCCUCGUCGCAGCUUAAACAUUGAAUCCUAAAGUCUUUUAGUCUUUCCCUACAUAAAAUCAAACGGUAUUUGCAGAUUAGUCUUUUUUUUUUUUACAUUCAAAAUAGUUUAUGAACACUCUAGUCACACACCAAAAUAGAAAUUGGUAGGAUUAAAAUACUCUUUUUACAAGCCUUAUGCACACCGUCAUCAUUGGACAUCUUAUCAAAGCACGUAUUAACGUCAGCCUUUCAAUGCCACAGAACACAGCAAAAAGAAACAGGGGCACUGCAACACACACAAGGGUAGCCUAGCAUCGCUAAACCAUCGCUAAACCAUCAGACACAACGGGAGCUGGUACAUCCUCAGACCACGGGACAAUUUGUAACCGUUCUCGUACCACAUGUUACUAAACCGAAGGAAUCGUCCUCCUCUCGUAUCGGGGAACCGUUCAUUCGAGGGAGUCUCUCGGGAUUAAAAUGACGUUGAAUUCUUUCCGUGUUCUGCUUCUUGUUUUGUGUUCACUCGUUGCAUCGUUAAAAGGUAGGCAUUAGGAGAACGGGUUAGACUGUGCAAUUAAGCCUACGAUGAAAUCUAAAAGUCGGUUAAAGAAAUAUCAGACGAUAUU